CCAAUUGCCUAUUUUUUUCCUCUAGAAUUUCGAUAGUCUCUUCUUUGUUUUCCUGCACUUCAUUUAGCACUGAUAGACCGUCAUUUACACAUGUUUUUACCCCCAUUCUUACACCGUUUGAGGUGUUGAUUCUCGUGCUUUAGGCCGAUUUCACGGUAGGUUGUGCUUGUUUGUGAUAUUUCAGGUCCUAGGACGUGAAUGAAGGCUUAGGAGCGAGUCUGGGGUCGAUUGGACGAGGAUCGGACGCAUGGCGAGGUUCUGAGGAAGUCGCACGGGCACACCCACAACCCGCACGGCCGUGCAAUUGACCAGUUUGGCCGUGCGGGAUCGUGCGUGGGCACGCACGGGAUUGUGCGUGGCCACGCACGGCCGUGCAAGUGACCAGUUUGGCCGUGCGGGAUUGUGCGUGGGCACGCACGGGAUUGUGCGUGGCCACGCACGGCCGUGCAAGUGACCAGUUUGGCCGUGCGAGUUGGCUGAGGUUCAACUAAUUGAUACGCCGCGUUUUGAGGUGCACGGCCAGAAUGGUGAUGUGCACGGCCGUGCACCCUGGCCGUGCGAGUCGGGAAUGGCUGUUUUUAACCCAAAUUCGAGCCAAAGGAGGAGGAGAGCUGGGUUUUGGAUCCCAAACACCCAAGGGACGAACCAAAGAGAGAGAGGGCGAUUUGAGGGCAUUCUUGGAGUGGAAUUGGAGGAUUUCUUCGCCUUGGAAGCUCGAGGAACAAGCCCGGACUUGAAGACUGAUCAUCUGAAGAUUCUUACUGCAGUCUCUCUCUUCUCUAUGGAGUAACUUCCCUUCACUUAGGUUUUGAGGAACCCUAGCUAUGUUUGUUUGAUUGGAUGAUUGUAUGAGUACUCUGACUGGAUAAUCUUGAGUUCAUAUUCAAUCUAUGCAUGUUUUCAUGAUUCAAUUCUGCUUUAGUCGAGAUUAUUGAUUCUGCUUUGAUCCUAUGAGAGGGAAUACCUGAUUAGGUCAAUAGAGCACCAUAGAUUGAUAGUAGUGGAUCGAUUGCUUUAGUCGAGGGUUGAUUCACUGCUUUGUAUCGAUUGAGAACCUCUUUCGAUAGAGGGAGUCUAGUUCAGAACGCCUUGAUCAGUUGUUCUAGAGAAGGAUACGUCCCUCUAGCCAAUUGACUCAAGAGGGCCUUGUUCCUUUAGUCGAGACUCAAGGUCUAGUCAAGGAUUCUCCGCAUUGUGAAUGAAAGUGAAACAGGUUAGAGAUCAUCAAUCGUUAAUCUGGCUAGUGGCUAGGGGGAAUCAUACCUAAGUGAGUUCCCAACCUGUAAUUAGAUUAACUUUAACUGUAGUUUGCUAGAGUAGUUUUAGUUCUUUCAUCUUAAUUUGGUUUGCUAAAUAAUAAACUGAAGCUGAGUAAUAGUAACUCUAGAGACCCGUGGAUUCGAUAUUUAUCACUUGAGCCACUAUACUGCAGUCCCUUUCAUUGGUUACACUUGGCCUUUGUUAGGUGUUGUGUUUUAGCGAGUCAAGUUUUUGGCGCCGUUGCCGGGGACUUUCUAGAGUAUUAGGAAAGGCAGAAGUUUGUUACUUUAGCGUUUUUCUUUUCUUUUCCACCCUUGCUUUUCACUUGGGUGUUUUUGUUUUUGUUGGUGCAGAUCUGAAUCAUGGAUCCUAAUGGCUUCUCCAAUCAUUGGGGGUAUCCACCACCAUCUGGGUGGUAUUACCCCGAGACUCCCUGGAGCAAUCAAGGCGGAGAAGACUAUGGAUUCGGGUUCCAGUACCAACCCCCUUACUACGGAGAACAACCGGACCCCUGGGCAUAUCAAGAACAACCUCAUUAUCAAGAAGAAUUUCUCCCACAACCAGAAGGGCCAUCGGCACUGGAGUUGCUCAUGGAGAAGUAUGCUCGAGACUGUGAGAGAAUAUGCUCCAGGAUGGAUCAGUGUGUCCAGGCCUAUCGUGAAACAGAUGAGAUCCUCCUGAGCCUUAAGAAGAGCGUCGAUGAUCUUGAGCGAUCUUGGGCGCAACCUGCUCCAGAUCACCCUUCUGCUACCAUACAAGAAGAGGAGGAGGAAGAAGAAGGCUACAAGGGCAUUGUGGAACACACUGAAGUUGUCACGGAGAGCUCCCGUGAUGAUCAUGAUCAGGCCUGUCAUGUCGUAGCCGACCACACCUUCCCACACCCCAAACUGAGCUUUGAAGAGGCGGGCAUGAGUGAGGAGAUGCAAGAAGAUCUCAUGAAAGAAAUUGCUUGGCAACUUGCUCUCCAAUCCGUGCUAGAAGAAGAAGAGCAAGAAAGGGUGCAGAAAGAAGUUGUGGAGGAUGACGAAAGUGAAGCUGGAGGAGUUCUUGAUCAUUUCCCAGGGGUGAUACCACAUGAAGAAGGAAGGGAGGUUGAAGAGGCGAUUGGUGUCCAGGCUGAGGACGAAGUUGAGGUGGAAGAGGCUUGCACCGGCCAUGAGUUACAUGUGAUAUCUCCACCAAACUUCGAGGAACUGCUUAGCAAGGACCCAUUUGCAGUGUCUCUUUGCCAGACCAAGGCCACAUCGACAUCAGUCCCUCUUGGUGGACGCGAUGGUGGCCAAUCGAUACUGUCAUAUCUGGUUUGGGGCAAUGAGACGAGAGAAGAGAAGAAGAGGUCUCGAGGGUGGAGACUUCAUCUGCAUCAAGUACAUGAGCCUUCAUCACCUGCCACAUCACAUGCUCAUGACUUGAGACUCCACCUCAUCGACGAGAACCUCAACUUCAAGGAGGUUCUAGCAUGGACCGAAACUUAGGAGCCAUCGUCCGGCUCACGACGUGAAAGAAGCGCUUGUUGGGAGGCAACCCAACCAGUCGGUUUGCAUUUCUUUCUCUAUUUCUCCUCGGUUGAGUCAGUUUUGUUAUUUGAUUUUAGAGUCAAUAACUCAACCUUUGUGAG